AUGCGGCAAAACCCCGGCCGUCAGUUGCCCCACGGCAUGAUUGAUGCCCGUCACUCACUGCUGGCACAAACCUGGUUGGACUUUCUCCAUAGACAAUCCCCUCGACAUUCUCCUACUUUCACGUAUAUAUCUGGUGCUAGAAUCGGAUCUCUUAUAUAUCGACUACCGCAUUCUCUCAAAUAUCACCAGCUACAGCGUGCAACUCAUCUUUCAGCCCACACCGGCCCGACUGCGACCUUGAAUCUUACGAAUACCGCCACGAUGAUGAAAAUAUGGUCCAUGAAGAAGCAGCAGCAGCAAGAUGAGGCUGCGGCGGCGGCGACUAACAAGAAGAAGAAAGUCACGCCUGCACAGCUGCGGGCACAAAAAGAUCUCGAAGAGCUUUCACUGGGCACGACCAUGAAGACGCAUUUCCCGAACCCCGACGAUAUCCUCAACUUCAAGCUUACGAUCGAUCCGGAUGAGGGCAUGUACAAGGGUGGACGUUUCGAAUUUGACUUCAAGAUCAACCAAAACUUCCCACACGACCCGCCCAAGGUCAAGUGCACGCAGAAGAUCUAUCACCCGAACAUCGAUCUUGAGGGGAAUGUGUGCCUGAAUAUUCUGCGAGAGGACUGGAAACCUGUGCUGAAUCUGAACGCCGUGGUUGUUGGAUUACAGUUUCUCUUUCUCGAACCCAACGCAAGCGACCCACUGAACAAGGAAGCCGCUGAGGAUCUCAAGCUCAACAGGGAGGGCUUCAAGCGCAAUGUGAGAUCGUCAAUAGGUGGCGGUACCGUGAAGGGACAGAGUUUCGACCGAGUUCUCAAGUGA